GCGUGCGAGAUGGAGCGGGCGCCGCGCGACCAACGUCCUGGUGAACGUCAUGGUCCGCGCGUUGUCCCAGCUGGCCGCCAGAGGGCGCCGCGUCGCGCCCCUCGUCGCCUGCAGCGGGAGGCCCUUGAGCAAGGAGCAGCUGCAGAUCUGCUCCCGCCUCGAGGCGCUGGCCAGGGUGCUUCGCCGCCCGCCCACUUCUUUGGGCGGCCGCGGCGAGGCCCGAUUGAAUUCCUUGUGCAAUUACGCAGAGCAGGUGAGGGCCGCCGCCCCAGGGGCCGCUUGCACAGCACCUGCAGCCCUCGUUGGGGGCGACUUCCGGGCCAACCGUGCCGAGUUCCUCGGGGCGCAGGCCCACUUCCGAAUCGACUCCUACCUCAAGCCCUUCGACGCCGCUUGCUUUCUCGAGCCGCGCUUGCUGGAGGUUCCGCACGAACCUUGCCCCUGCCCAGUGGCCUGGCUCAGGGCGCAGCGCGGCGAGCUCUUGAAUUUCGUGCGCAAGCUGGGUGCGGCUGGCCGCCUGUACCUGGCAACGCCGAGUGAAGCGCCCAGGGACCAGCGCAUGAACAUCAUGGCAGUGGCCAAGAACGACUCCGUCGACCGCGUCGUCUGGGACCGGCGGCGGUGGAAUUGGAUAGAGGCUCACCUCAGCGGCGGGGCGCGAGACCUGCCGGCUGGGUACCAUUUCGUCGAGCACGACAUCGGGGACGACGAGGUCGCCGAGGUUUUCGCCGAUGAUCUUCGCGAUUUCUACCCUUCGGUCAUCGCGUCUCCGGCGCGGGCUUGCACCAACGCGCUUGCCGUCGAGUUCAGUCCGCAAGAGCUGGCUGGCGUGCGGGCCCACGCGGAGGUGCUCCAGUCGGCCGGGGCGCUGCCCUCAGACAGACGCGUCUUGCAGAACAAGGCGUAUCCGAGGGGGCCGAUCGCGCAGGCCCUCUUGGUGGACGACCACGUCGCCCUCGCCAGCGUGCUUCGGCACCCGCGGCGCCCGGUGACCUUGGAGAGCCCCCGGCAGCGCCUCGCAGGUCACCGGCACUUCGAGACCCUGGAGCCCCAGCAGGCGCCUUCCCAAGGCGCCGCAGGGGCGGCCGCGGCGACCCCGCCGGCAGUUUCGGCGGCCCCCCCUCCUGCGGCCGGCACUGGGCCGCAGCUAGGUGGCCGGAGCUCGGGGAACAAAUCCUGCCCCCCUCCGCACAAGGCACGUGAACAUGUCACGGAGUCGGUGCGUGCUGCGGAGGACCAGGACCCGCGCGCGUCGUUCCUCGAGAUUUUCGACGCCGCUGGCGUCGCCUACCAGAGCGCCGGCCUCGCGCGCCACCCCGCCAAGGCCCGUCGCGGCGACCGCCAGGGCACCGUGCUGGGCGCCGAGGUGCUAGGCGAGGAGGGACAGGUCGGGUCCGAACGCCUUCGCCGCAUGCGCCUGGCAGAGAUCAGCGUGCAGCUGGCCGCGCAGCGGCGCGUCACAGGCGCCCUGCUUCGCGCGGUGGUCAGCGGAUGGGUGUUCAUCCUCCUCUUCCGCAGGCCCCUGUUGUGCCUGCUCUGGCACGUCUUCCGAUGCCUUCCAGACCCUAGUCAGGACUCCGUGGUCUUCGAGCUACCCGCUGGCGCCCGCCAGGAGCUGGCGAUGCUGGCCGCGCUAUGCCCGGCAAUGACCUCAAGCAUCAGGGCUCACCCGAGCGAGGUGCUGCUGGCAACCGACGCCUCAGAGAGCGCCCUGGGCGCCGUCGUCGCCCCCAUCAGCCGCGAGCUUCACCGCGAGUUGUGGAGGCUGCGGGACAGGCGCGGCUGGCCGACGCACCUGGUGGGGCAGCACGGCGAGUGGCUGCUCGCCCGAGACCUCGACCGAGAUCGCGCCGACUUCGAGGAGACACUCCGCGCCGAGCAGCGGCGAUCGCAGGCCAGGGGUCCGCAGCGAGCACUGGUUGAGCAUUUUGAUGUCCUGGAGCUCUGCCUCGGCCAGCGCGGGCCCUUCCUGUCCGCCUGUGCCCGGCGCGGGCUGCGAGCGGGGCCGCUCAUCGAUGUCACGGUCUCCGCCGUUUGGGACCUCAAGUCGGACAGGCUGUUGGAAUGGCUCAUGUGGCUCGUCGUCAACGGCCGCGUGUUCUACAUCCACAUCGGCCUUCCGCGGGUCAUGUCGUUCAUGGGCCAUCCGCGGGUGAAAUCCUUGAGGUGUUCCACAUGUGCCUUCGGUUGCUCCUAUCGCAAGGACAUGCGCAUGGGCCUCGUGAGCGCCGACUUCCUUCUGCCGUUGGCUGUGCCAUGCCGGGGCUUCCGCAGGCACCUCCGGCUCAGUGCCUCGGCAGCCGCCCAGGCGGCGGAGUGCCCUCAGGCGCUUUGCGUCGAGUGGUCUGCCCUCGUCGCUAGCUUCGUGCACGAGGCGCGCGAUAGAUUGCAGGAGGCGCGGGAGGAGGGCGCCUUCGCGUCUUCCGAAUGCUCGCCAGACCACGGCGGCGUCUCGGAGUCUUUGCUGAUUAACGGGAUUGCAAUUGGAGCCACAUGGGCCCUUGAGAGCUGCACUCCUGACGUGGACCAACAGCACAUCAACGUGCGAGAAGUGCGCGCCUACACCCAGUGCCUUGCGCGACAAUCGGCAGCUCGUUCAGGCGCUAGGCAGGUGUACUUGCUGGACUCGCUGGUGGCUCUCGGACCGCUGGCCAAGGGCCGCUCGCCCAGCAGGCCGAUCAACGAGGAGCUGCGCCAGGCCGUGCCGGCCAUCGUUGGGUACGACCACUACCCGGGCGGUCACUGCGUCCCCGCGCGCCUCAACGCCGCCGACGACCCGACCCGCAAGCGGGAUGUGCGUCGGGCGGGUCUUUGCGGCGAGUGGCUUGCACUGGAGAGCGAGUCGGAUCUCGCUUUCUUCGACCUCGUCGCCGCUCUGCCGUUGCAGCGUCGAGCAGUGGCUGACUGGGCGCGCCUCUUCCUGCUGGCGAGUCGGCGGCAGCCCCGGAGGCCCUGGCCAUGGGCAGGGCGGCUGUUCGACAGCGCGCUCGGCUUCCCCGGCGAGGGCCCGCGCGCACAGUCGCUACCGCUGCAGAGUCGCCCAGCAGUUGACUUGGUCUGUACCCGCGCUCUGUCGGCACGGACGGUCGGGCGUCGAGCGGGGCUCAUUCAGCGGUUGGGAGCCUGGCUGCAGGCAGAGUGCGCCAUGUCUGUCGCGCAGCUGGCCUCCUUCAGCGGUCGCGAGGCCGCGCAAGUGCUGGCCAGGUAUGGGCAGCACCUGUACAACGUCGGGCGCCCCAUUGGCGACUUCACCGAGACAGUGAACGCAGUUGUGGACUUCGACCGGUCUCUCCGGCGCCAGCUGCAGGCGGCGUGGGACGUGGCGGACGCUUGGCGAGCUCUCAUGCCAAUCAGCAAUCACUCCCCAACGCCACCUGUCGUGCUGUUAGCAAUGGUUUCACUUUCUCUCCUGUGGGGCUGGGUCGAUAUGGGAGUCCUACUAUACCUCAGCUUUGUUGCCAUGCUCCGGCCAGGCGAGCUUUUGGCAUUGACUGCAAUCGACGUGCUGCUCCCGAGCGCAUUGCUCUCGGACAGGCCGCGGGCUUAUGUCAGAAUCAACUUGCCGAAGACCCGGCGCCUGGCAGCUCGUCGGCAGCACGUUCGCUUCGAUGAGCCCGUGCUGAUCCAGCUGCUCGAAGCAUGGCUUCCGCACAUCCCCAGAGGGCAGCGGCUGUGGGCCGGCACUGCCCACCAGUACCGCCAGGCCGACAAUGGUUUAGUGUCUCAUUUGGGCAUACCCGCCUGCAGCGGCGGUAUCGCGCCAGCCAGCCACCGGGCUGGCGGCGCUACAUUUUUCUUCGAGUCGACCGACAGCCUGGCGCAGACACAAUGGCGUGGCAGAUGGACAUCCGCCAGGAUUUUGGACAUCUGCAUCCAGGAG